AUGCCUAGAAUACCUUACCAACAGCAUUUGGCUCAAAAAGCAGCUUUGAAAGCUGGGUUUGGGUCAAGAAGAGCAAGUGUAGUAGAAAGCGAGACUGAUGCAGAAUCAUUAUUCUCCUCCACUACAUUCCAAUCAAACUCAAAUUCAUCUUCAUCUUUUCUUCAUCCUUCAUCGUCAACAAGAUACGCUCAUCGUCAUCAUCAUCAAUAUCCUUAUUCAUAUAAUGGUUCUCGUACGAUAUCAUCUACUUCAUAUGAUUCUUCCUCAUAUUCAAGAGCAGCGGCAUCAGGAGCAGCAGAAGCGGGUGCGGGAGCAGGAGCAGCAGGAGAUCAAACUUCUUCACCUUCUUCACCGUCAUUCGACGCAUCAAGAAAUCCCAAUUCUGAGCCUGAAUCAAAACAAGUUCACAGGAUCACUUCCAAUAUCACCGUCAAAGAAUCAGUAAAAGAUUUUGGAAUUCCUUUGAAUUCAGCUGUGGGAUCAGGGUCAAGAUCAAGGUCUUUAUCACCUUCUUAUCUCUUGACCGUACCUCGUAAACAUUCAUUGACCAGUAUCAGUGGUGGUCCUGGUGGUAAAUCCGACAGAAGGGAAAAGAGAAGGAAAGAAAAAGAAUUGAAAUCAACCUUAUUAUCAGGUAAAUAUGAUUCGCCAUUGAGGAGGUGGAUUAGAUAUAUGAAUAAAAGCGGUUUCAGCCAUUAUACACUUCCAACUGCAAUAUUAGGUUAUAUAAUCAUAAAAUACAUAAUCAGAAUCUCGGCCCAACAAGAAGAACAAGAUGGAUUGAAAUCAGGGUGGAAAAGAAGUGUGAUAGAAGAAGUUGUUUGGCUAUUGACUGUUCAUCAAUAUGUAAUGAAACAAAUCAAAUCAACGGGUAGAAGUUCAAGAUCCAAGAUUACUGCAAUCCUAACUAUAUUACUUUCACCUUUAUCGUUAUUCUCAAAAAAUCGAAUAUUAUCGAUGGGGACCAUACUAGGACCUAUAACUCUUCUCUCCUCGGCUCGCGAUCUAGUUUCAAUACUCUGCCUAGCGUUGGGCUUGGCUGUGAAGAGCGAUGGCUGGAUCUGGGCUUUUGGUGUUGCAGUAUAUACGAUAGGAAGAGGAAUAUGGAUGAAUGGGAUUGAAGGAAUCACGCAUAUCACGCUGUCCGUUACGGUAGCUACUCUGGGAAUAGCUUCAAGGGCGAUAACCGCCUGUCCAACAGAGCUUCUGCGCAUUCACAGUAUGCAAAGUCUCAUCAGGUAUAUCCAUUCACCGUGGUCGGACAAAUUAGAAAGAGUCCUCACCACGGACUCCGGUAGGGUCGACGAGUACUGUAAAUCAAUUGUACCCUUUCCUAGCAUAUCUCUUCUGAUCGACCAAAUGAAAAACCACAAGCUGCAGCUCAGUCUCACUAUCCUAUCUAUGAUUCCACCCGUAUCAAUAUUGUUAUACUCCAGUUUAUCUUUACGACCGGGAAACAAAACAAGACCUUCGCCAACUAUUCAUUUCCUUCCACUAUUCCUCUUUCUCAUCUCAAUACCGAUUUAUCUGUUCUCGACAGAUCGAGAAGAUAUCGUAUUGCCCCUCAUGCCUUUUACUUUGCUUAUGGGUCUACGGGGAGGUGCGGCAAAAGGAAGUGAAGGUAACGGUACCGAAGAUGAAAUCUGGAGGAUUGGAAUAGGACUCAAUUUCAUUUCUUUGAUCAAUCUGAUGCCACUCUAUUCGUCAUUUACAGAAAUGGCAAUCUCCACUGGGAUGACUAUCUUGUGGAACACCUUGAUAGGUGGUUCACCGCUCAUGUCAUUGUUGAUCGCUGUACGCCAAUCGUUUUCAAUCAUCAUACCCUCGAGCAUCCUGCUAAAGUACAUCCUACCGAUGGAAAUCGCCCUGUGCAAAGGUGUAUAUGUGAUAGCUUGGUUUUGGGCAAUGAAGAAACUGAUCGAAAACGCUUGGGCUAUAGGUGGAUUAAGUGGGAACGGUAACAAGAGGAUUAAGUUGAACCUCAAAGAGAAGUUGUCUUGA